CAGCCGAGUCGUGAUUGGAUGGGAGCAGCAAUCGCGUUAUUUACAGCCAAGUUACAUCUUCCGCAUGAGACAACAAAACAGAAUGUUCUCAAAUCAGUGCUGUAUCAGCUGGAUCAAGCCCUCGAAGAUAAAAUUACACAGCGAAAUGGAAUGGUAUUUGUCUUUGAUAUGACUGGAUCUACAUAUUCUAAUUUUGAUUACGAGCUCAGCCAAAAAAUACUAGAUUUACUGAAAGGUGGAUAUCCUGCCCGGUUGAAAAAAGUCAUUAUCGUCACUGCGCCAUUGUGGUUCCGUGCUCCUUUUAAAAUACUUCGCCUCUUUGUAAGAGAAAAACUGAGAGACAGGGUUGUGUUGACAAACAUCACUGAUCUUCCUCAAGUUCUUCCGAAAGAGUCACUUCCCAAGCAAAUGAAUGGGCCUGUUUCUGUGGAUCACAAGGACUGGUUAUCAUCCUGUUAUAAUACGUACAAAAAUAAAGAAAGUCGUGAAAUGGAGGACUUGAGUGCUGAUAACAGAGCUCUUAUUGCUAACGAGAGAGCAGCGUUGGCUGCCGCUCGAGUCGUAUCAGCUUACUCUGACGAAUCACCUCCCGAAAUUCGACACAGUCGAGUUUUGGAGUCUGAGAAAAAUCACAAGGAGUUGGUGAACACUGCUGUGAGAAAUGAUGCAGAUCCGCUUCUUGCUGAUAGUUGCGAUGAACCAUCGGCGACCACAACAGCUGAAAUACACACAGUUCCAGAUCCCUCAUAUCCACAUGUCCCACCACCGCCAGUGCCAAGGAAAUUAAAGCCAGGGGUUCCAUCAGAUGAACCAAUACAUAAACCAGAAAGUGGUGGCAUGACAGUAGAUAUGCUUAUCAAUCAUUUGCAGUCAGUUAAGAAAAGUGGUAUUUAUAAAGAAUAUGCUAAAAUUCGACUUGAACCACCCACAGGAACAUUCCAAGCUUCCAGGUUGAAAGUCAAUGCUGUUAAGAAUCGCUACACUGAUGUACCGAGCUAUGAUCAUACACGUGUUCCUCUUAAUUUUAUUAACGGUGAUCCCAAUAGUGAUUACAUCAAUGCAAAUUAUAUGGAUGGAUAUAAACAGAAAAAUGCAUUUAUCGCUGCACAAGGUCCAUUACCAAAAACAUUCGCAGACUACUGGCGAAUGAUCUGGGAACAAACAGUGCUGGUAAUUGUCAUGACAACCAGAACGGUGGAACGAGGACGUUUAAAGUGUGGACAAUACUGGCCAAAUGAGGAGAAUUCCACUGAAGUUUAUGGGGAUGUUUCGGUGAUCAACAAAAUGAUAGAAAAGAAAAAUGAUUACACAAUCAGCACGUUGCAAAUGAGAAACAGUAAGACCGAUGAAGUUCGUGAUGUGACCCAUUUCCAGUUCACGAGUUGGCCAGACUUUGGCGUACCCAGUUCUGCUGCGGCCAUGUUAGAUUUUUUGAGCGAAGUGAGAUCUUACCAAGCACGUAAUCUAAAGAGUCUGGGUGAUCAGUGGCAAGGUCAUACAUUGGGUCCGCCCAUCUUAGUUCAUUGCAGCGCUGGCAUAGGACGCACAGGUACGUUUUGCACUCUGGAUAUCAGCUUAGCCAGACUUAAUGACAUUGGAACCAUUGAUGUUAAAACUACGGUUCAACGGAUGAGAACACAGAGAGCAUUCACAAUCCAGACGCCUGACCAGUACGAGUUCUGUCAUUUCGCUGUCAUAGAAUACGCUCAGAGGCAGGGAAUUGUGGGAGAAAUAGACUUUGUCAAUUAUGAUGACACUGAGGACUCAGACAGUGAUUAAAGUCACCCCACUAAGAUUUCUCCACUCCUGCUGUGAAGUGGGUUAACCCAAAGACUAUAUUUUAAAUGGAAAGUUGUGUUUUUAUUACAGUGAUGUACAGCCUACAUGAACGC